AUGGGGCGGUGCCCCUUUCCGGGCCUCACGGACCGGCAGCUCCUGCGGGACCUCAUGCGUAUGGCAGGACCUGCCGUGGACCUCGCUCCGCCUCUGGAGUUGGCCCGGCUGCUGCACUCCCUGCAGGUCAUGCUGAGCCCGGCGGCCUACCGAGAGGUGCUGCUGAGCUUCGGCCCGCGCCUGCGUCGGCGCCUGCGGGAUGCGCCGCCGGCGCUGCUGAGCGCUUGCUGCGAGCCGGGGGAUGGAGGCAGCUGGCCAGCGUGGUGGCGGCAGGAGGUCCUGAGGCCCUGGGCCGCCGAGCUGCGGCGCCUGCGCCGGGCGCUGGUGGCGGGCCCCUGGCAAAAGCGAAGCCUCUACGAGCGGGAGCUGCGGCGACUGCAGCUCAGCGACCUGGGGGACGCCUGGCAGCUGCCGCUGCUGCGCUCCCUGGGCGCCACGGCCUCCAGCGCCGUCUUCGCGCGCCGGGCCCUGCGGGCGGUGCUGAGGCGAAGGCGGGCCUUGGACGCUUCGAGCCCCUGGGCGCUGCGGGCGCUGGGCUUUGUGGCCUGGGACCUGGGCGGAGUCCGGGAAGAUGGAAAGCUGGUGUCAACGGCCACCCGCGAGAUGAGCGCCGAGCUUGACGCAGACAAGCUGCUCAGCGUGGACCUCGGCUUCCUGGAGCGCCGCUACCGCCGCCACGGGGACCUCGAGCGCAUUGUGCUGCUGGAGCUACUGGAGCGAUCCGCUGGCAGGCAGGCGGCUGGCACUGUGGACCUCUUCGUGGAUCGCCCGGUCUGCAUCUCCUGCCUAGGCGUGAUUGCGCAAUUCCGGGCUUUGCUUCCUAUGGUGCAGCUGCGCUUCGCCUUCCUGUCGCCGCCCUUCUUCUCCCGGGAGCCAUCCCAGCAGCGCCUGCAAGGCGUGAUUCGCGAAGAGCCAAGGGGCACCUCGCUGGAGGAGCUGGACAGCCGCUUUUGGGACCCGUGA